GAUAUUUAAGCAACAAUCAUCAUUUCAGCUUUGUGAGGAAAGUAACAACAUGGCAACUGACUACACAGGCGCAGAUGUUUAUCAGAAGGAAUUUGAUCCUCGGAGUUAUUUAGAAACAUACUAUAACCCCAAGUCAGGCCUUCUGGUAAAGGAUGGCUAUCUGAAUUUUGCUUUGAAAAAAUAUCAUGAGACAUUUACUGUGCAUGGAGUGAAGGGGGAAACACUUAUUGACGUUGGCCAUGGACCAACAAUUUAUCAGGACCUUUCUGCAUGCGAAUCCUUCAGAGAGAUCAUUGGUGCUGAAUACACUGACCGUAACCGCGAGUACUAUGAAAAAACCCUGAGAAAUGAACCAGGAAUAUUUGACUGGACAAGUGUUAUACAAGCAGUCUGUGACCUGGAGGGAAAGGGUACAACAGUGGAAGAGAAGAGAGAAAAACUGAAAAACACAGUGAAAAAGACUAUCAAAUGUGAUGUAACUAAAAGCAAUCCUGUGGCACCUCUUGUAUUGCCCAAAGCUGACUGUGUAAUGGCUAAUUUUUGUCUGGAUGCUGCAUGUAAAGAUCUGGAUAGUUAUUGUAAUGCCCUUAAUAACAUUUCAUCUUUACUUAAAGUAGGGGGGCAUUUAAUAAUUGUUGAGGUUCUUAACUCUACCUUUUACUGGGUUGGAGGCAAAAGGUUUUCUAGCGUAGCCCAUAAUGAUGAUUUUAUAAGAGGUGCUAUAACUAAUACCGGUUAUGCUAUAAUAGACCUGGAGGUUUUUCCCAGAAAGUAUGAUGAAGAGCAGUACAAUAUCUGUGGUCAUGACUCAACCAUAUUUGUUCUUGCACGCAAACUGAGGGAUAUUUAGGUUGGAGAGGACAGUAUAGUAUACAGUAUAUAACUGCUUAUGUGUAUUCUCUACCAAGGCUGAUUUCUUUAUACCUUCAGUCAUAAACAAUAUAAUACAUAUUCUGAACUGAUAUAAUAAUUCCUGCUUUGUUUACAAUUCAGUUUAUGUUUGAGUAAUGCCACUUUCAUCUAAAUGAUUAAACAUUUAUUUUCUCUUUUGUAUUGUCAAAUAAAAACCAGUGUAAAAAAA